GUGGCAGGAAAAGAACAAUAAACUGACAAUAAAAGCCGAAAUGACUGCGAGAGUUUAGAAUAAAAUCCUUAUUUCAAUGGGUUUCAUGACACAAAAACAAAAAUUGAAAAGACGGAAUUAUACAAAAUCAUUAUGCAUUUUGAGCUUCAGGUAUGUGCUAAGGUUCCUUUUAAAAUGUGUGCUCGGGUUUGGAUUUUGGUGGGAUACUGUAAAAAAUAUAUAAUACCAUGCGAGAACUCUUCCUUAAUCUGCACAAUAUAGUAUAAAUUAAAAUAUAACAUACGUUGCCCCUCAACCAUAACAUUACAGCAGAAAAAAAGGUUAGUCAGUUGAUUUUAAGAAGAUGGAUAGUGUCUUUCACAGUAAUGCAACACAUGAAUGGAACCUUUCCUGUGACGUCACCAAACCGGAAGUCCCUUUUGCUGCCGUUGUUGACAACGAGCGCCCAUAGCGAUGCAGUACGCUGCCAUUUGGUAGAGGAUCGUGUUUUAAACCACGCACACUAACCUUAAUUGUACCUAAAUAUACCGUUUCGUUGUCUUGCUGUCAACUUGAAGCUGCUAACAUCGCGGACGUUAGGACAAGAAGCUCGUCUCUGAUGGAGGAAGUUAGCUAGGCGGCCAUGGAAAGAGGGUUUAAAUUCAGCCGAUAUAAUUUAACCAAUUACUUUGCAUUUCAGCUUUUAUCAGAGUUUGGUGCUUAAAACUGGUCAAGACAAGACACGUAGCAAGAUGACAAUGGAGCUGGACGUGUUCGUGGGUAACACCACCAUCAUGGACGAGGAGGUGUACCAGCUCUGGUUGGAUGGAUACACAGUGAACGAUGCAGUGAAGGUACGGAUGGAUGGAGGGGUGAUGGAGGAGUGCGAGGCGAGUGCGGACGUUCUGCUGAGUGACACCAUGGACCAGUACAGGACCUUCCAGAUGUGUGAGCGUCUGCUGCACAGUCCGUCCAAACUAGGCAACCAGCUACUGUUCCAGAUCCCACCCCAUCGACAAGCCAUGCUCAUAGAGAGAUAUUACAAUUUCGAUGAUGGAUUUGUCCGUGAGGUCCUGGGAAAGAAACUGUCCAAAGGAACCAAAAAAGACUUGGACGAUAUUGGAGCCAAGACAGGAGUGACUCUGAAGAGCUGCAGACGACAGUUUGACAACUUCAAACGUGUUUUUAAAGUUGUGGAGGAGCUGAAGGGCCCCCUGGUGGAGAACAUACAGCACCACUUUCUCCUUUCUGAUAAACUCGCAAGGGAUUACGCUGCAAUAGUUUUCUUUGCUAACAAUCGCUUCGAGACAGGGAAAAGAAAGCUGCAGUAUCUCACAUUCCAGGACUUUGCCUUCUGCGCUGGGCAGCUUAUCAGCAACUGGACCGUCGGUGCUGUCGAUAACAUGGUGGAGGACAUGGACGUGGAUCUCGAUAAAGAGUUUUUACAAGACCUGAAAGAACUGAAGGUUUUAAUCACUGACAAAGAUCUGCUGGAUCAACACAAAAGCCUGGUCUGUUCAGCUCUCAGAGGAAAGACCAACAAUUUUAAUGAGAUGGAGACUAACUUUAAGAAUCUAUCCAGAGGUCUUGUCAACAUUGCUGCAAAGCUAACCAACGCAAAGGACGUCAGGGACUUUUUCAUUGAUCUGGUGGAGAAGUUUAUUGAGCCGUGUCGUUCAGACCGAUGGAGCGCUGCGGACCUUCGGCUGUACCUGACUCACUACAACAGCUCUGCGCUCCAACUCGACACAUUCAAACAUCAGGUUGUGUGGAACAGAUACAUGGACGUCGUCAAAAGCUGUAUUUUCAAAAUGUACCACGACUGAAGCGGCGCCCCCCCCGCUGCUGCUGUGCUGUCCGGCGGCUCGCCCCUCUCCACAGUCGCCAUCGCCGCCCUUUGGCCUCGCGGUGCAACUGUUUCGUUUUGCCCGUGGCGAUCCAUCUUUUUGUCUCCCCGGUUUGCGUCCAUACAGUCGCUACAGUGACUGUACAUUUGGUUUGUAAAUAAAAAGGAAGGUAUUUACAUCAAA